GACAAACAAAGUCUUUGGGAAUCAACAUGGCUCAGAUUUGCAGAUGAAGUUCAAACCAGUCAUUGCUGCUUAGAGACCAACGAAAUGUCUGACUCAGACGACGAAACGCCGACAGACCAUCAGCUUAAGUUUGUUGUUUUAGGGGAUGGUGCAUCGGGAAAAACAUCGAUAUGUGUGAGGUAUUCACAGGAGAACUUCGACAAAGCCUACAAGCAAACGUUGGGGCUAGACUUCUUUUUGGCGAGAAUAGUUUUACCAGGAAAUGUUCAUGUGACGUUACAAGUAUGGGACAUCGGAGGACAAACUCUCGGUGGCAAAAUGUUAGACAAAUAUAUUUUUGGCGCUCAUGCUGUCUUACUAGUUUAUGAUGUCACUAACCAGAGCAGUUUUGAUAACCUUGAAGACUGGUAUGACACAGUGAAAAAGCUUUGUGAAAAAGAUGGCUCUAGAUUACCUCAUAUAGCACUUGUAGCAAAUAAAGUUGAUUUGGAACAUCAAAGAGUGGUACGGUCUGAUAAGCAUGGGAAAUUUGCCCAAGAGCAUGGAAUGUCCAGUUAUUAUGUGUCUGCAAAGACAGCAGACCAGAUCAGCCUUUGCUUCCAAAAAAUAGCAGCAGAAAUAUUGGGAAUACGAUUAACAAAGAAUGAAAUGGAGCAACAAUCUAGAGUCAUCAAAGCUGACAUCAUUCAAUAUAGCAAUCAUGAAAUGCCAUCGAGAGCUGCACCUACACAAACCAAAAGCUCAUUCUGCUCACUUCAGUGAUGAUAAAUCCAAUGCCAGAAGAUGUCUCAAUUAUUUGUGGAUUGCUUCUUUGCUGGCUGCUAAAGACAACUCAGUUCCUGUAUUAUUCUGUUCCUUUAGAGUACUGUAUUUUCUUGCUGGUUCUUAACUGAGCAAGUACAGUUCUUUACUAACAUGUACAUGUAUAAAGCCCCAAGACUCACCCUCAUUCAUGUAUAUUUAGUUCAGGCAGAAUCAUGCUAAAGCAAGUUUUAAAACUCAAGUGUCUUGAAACAUUGUAUAAUUAUUGAAAGUAAAUUUCUUCCAGCUAGAACCACAAGAAAUGACGGAGGUUACUAAGAAGAUUGGAAAUGUUAAUGUUGGGGCUACAUGUUAUAAACUGUAGUUUAGCUUUCAAGGUAGUAGAUUUUCUCUUUGAAUGCUGCUUUGCUAUUGUUGUUGGCAUCCAUCGGUCCAUAGACUAUGAAGUAGUACCGCAAGAGGUCGUGUAUGUACAUAUGUACAUGUAUGGGUAUAAUUUGAUCAAUUGUUUGGCUGUAAAGUUCUCUAGACCCAGCCUGGAUUUGCAAUCUCUGCUGCAGCCCAAGCAUAUGAAGACAGAUGCCUGUUGUGGAUCUGAGUGGUCCUGUUCAUUGCAGGCUAUUUUCUUGGCCUGAAUGGCAGCCUCCCUUCUUCUCAGUCCCUUACUAUUGCUAUUAUUAUAAUUAUUAAUUAUCAUUAAAAAUAAUUAUUACAAUAAGGAGCAUCAAGAGACAAAAAGUAAAUGCUCCCCUUGGUAACAAUCAGCUGUCAGCUUUAGGAGCUAUCAAUUAAUGGUUAUAAAUAUUUAAGUAGAGGUGAAGACAUAUUAUAAGUUAUUUUAAAGAAACACCUUAGCCUUCCAGGCCAUGGGUGUGUGUCCUGCAGGUUUCAAGGGGUGAAAAACAAGUCCAGAAGUACCAUUUUCAAACUUGUUUCAGAAUGACAUGAUGUAGAUUAUAUACUGCAGGUGGUACCCUGAUUUCACCAUGUAUAGCUAGCUGGUUUGGAGAGACAUUGUACAUUAAUCCCUGGCCAGAACUUGGAGAAGGGAACUUGAAUUGAUCCUGUGUGAUUGGACACCCUUCCCAGCAUGUGGUCUGAGCCAAUCCUAUGUUCCCAGCCUCAAAACCAACCCCAUUGCUUACAAAUACCAAGUGCUGAAUUGAGCACAAGCCUAAUCUGUCUUAAGACGCUGACUCCAUUUUGACUUGAGUUUGUUGAGGUCAUGGGAUUUACCCCCAAACACUUUGUUCUCUAUCCAUUAAUGAGGGGAUUCUUUAGAGUGGUAGAAAGAACCUUUAAAGAUGAUUUCCAGUCCGUACUGCACACUCUCAAGAGUUUGUGUACGUUUUUUGUUUUAUUUCAUGUGUGAUGUCACAAAAUGUGAACAUUUUGCAACUACUUACAUGAAGUAAAUUCAAAGUUUCAUGUCAACGGCCAUUAUGGACAGGUAUCCAAGCAAAGCUUUAUGUUCCGUUCUUUCUCAUAUCACUUGAUGAAACAACUUUGCAGCUGUAAAAACAAUGAAGCAAUUGGAAAACAAAUUUGAAAGUCCUCAAAGAUAAGGUAUGUGGUUUGUAUCAAAUAACAUAGAUUCACAUUCUAAUGAGUGAGGUUUUUUAUGUUAUAAACAUUAGGGUGCUGAGACUGCACAGUAUGGACUGGAAAUCAUCUUUAAUUUCUGCAUUGUUUUUACUUGUAUACAAAAUGGCAGUCAUUCACAAGUUUUAUACUUUACAAACUAUAGUGAGGACACUAAUCGUAUCUAUAUCAAAAUUCUCAACUGUGACUGGUUCUCUGCAUGCCUAUUUGUCACAUAAUCAGUACACAAUCACGUGGGUGUCUAGCCUGCAGUGCGGACAUUAUUUUGGAACAUAAUCCCUUCCUAGACCAGGUUUUCGAUGCCACCAUCUUGGAUAGUAAUUGGUUGCUUGACCAGCAAAGGUGUCCCAUUAAAAGUAUCCAUUUUCAACUUUUUGUAAUAGGAUACCUGUAAUUGGAUACCUACACCAUUCGCUUGUCAGUUACACAAAAUUUAAUGGCUUCCUUCUAAUGUUCCCUUAUAGGUUUUACAGUUAGGGAAAACACUACCCACAUUUUUGCUCAAAAGAAGUUCUCAAAAGACCUUUUUUUAAUCUUGGAAUUUGUUAGAUAUGAUUAAGUAGUAAUUGGUUCUCGUGAGGUACAGUUCGACAGAAAUUGUGCUUAUAAUUUCAAAUCGGCCUCUGCUCGCCCAGUUUUGAAAUUACUUGUAUAAGAAGUCCCUGAAUUGUACUCCACUGGGUCCAAUUACUAUUACUAAUUGCAAAUCUUUUACUUCAUUAGUUUUUCAAGUUCUGAAAAGUUACUUACAUUUUCUACGGUAUGUUUAGGAUUGGGCUUCAUAUUACAUGCAGUUUUUUCUCUUUCCUUUUUAUAACUAAUUUUUUGUUAGUGAAAAGGAGGGAUAAAACAUUUGCUCUUCACAUCACAAGGCAACGAAACUGAAGUAACUCUAGUGGCAUAAUCUGUAUGAAAUUAAUCAAAAUAAUGGUAGUUGAUCUUUUGUACUCUCUUAAACUCUUUGUACCUAAAAUGCAUGUUUUGUUCUUUUAGACUGUAUCAAAUAAAAGAAAACAAUGGUAUUUUUAUCAUGCAUAUAAUCAUAUGCACAUUGAAUUUAAUGAUAAAUGUUUAAUUGUACAUUUUCAUUUGGUAAAUUAUGCUACUCCAUUCCUGUAUAUUUUGUACAGUGACAAUUAGUAAAAUGAGAUUUCACUGUU